CGCCGCAGCCUGAGGGUUUAUGGCUUCACCCGUCGGGAAAAAAGAGAGCAGCAGCAGCAGCGCCCCAGCCAUCGCGCCUGCUGCAACCGAGCUAUGCCGAGACCCGUUGACUGCGGCGAUGAGCAGCUCCAAGUGGAGGGAACCCGACGGCGACCCAGCCAUUCGUCGCUGAAGCGGACCUGCCUGACGCCCCCCGCGCCGCUCCUCAUCUCCUGGGCAGACGGGCCACUGGGGCGAGGAGAGAGGAGGAGAGCUCCUCCUUGCCUGGCUGCGUUCACCUUGCCAGGAUAAAGGGUGGUGGGAGAAGAGGCGGCGACACAUCCUACCCCACCCACCCAGUUGCAGCGGGGGAGCCCGGGGAGGCGGACCAGAGGCUCCAUGGCAGUGAUCCCAAGGUGGGGAGCCGGGCAGAGACAGUUUCCCACCCCUCUUGCAGGCCUCGUUGAUCUCGCAGGAGCAGGGUUAGGCAUGGAAUGUGUUCGUUCUGUGCCGUGAAAUGGUUGCUGCUGUUGGGUGGAACACCGACUCCAACAUAUCAGUGUUGACAGCUCAUAAGUACCAAAGAAGCUGAUUUCUUUGGUUUCCCUCGCCAAGAUGCCCAGCGAGAGCCUCCAAAGUAGCAGUGGGGUGGCGGAGGAGCCUGCCUUAAGGGAGGGUAAGGGUGGGGCACAGAGUCCUCACUGCAACUCCUUGCGCAGGGCUGUAGCUACUGCAGUGACCUUCGAUGGAGAAGCCACCACCGAGAGACGGAAGAAGAGGAAGAAGGAGUCCCGCCCAGAAUCGAUCAUCGUCUACCGAUCGGGGAACGAGAGCAAGGUGGAUGAAGAACAGGUGGAUGAGGAUGGGGGCGAGAGAAGCUCAGAGGAAGGUUCCAAGUUCUUGGGACACUCUACCGAUGGUUCUUGGGCCAUGCCAUUGGAUAGCAGAUACGUUACAUUAACUGGCACCAUCACGAGAGGAAAGAAGAAAGGCCAGAUGGUGGACAUUCAUGUUACACUCACUGACAAGGAGAUGCAGGAACUGGCCAGGUCGAAAGAGCCUCCCCAAACAGACAUCCCUGAAGGGAAAAAAGCUUGUGAGGUUGGGCUUUCUAAAGGCCCUCACGUCCUUCUCUGGAGCCUCACCUGUCUCCCCGUCAUCUUCAUCAUGUCCUUUGUGGUGUCCUUUUACUAUGGCACCAUUGCUUGGUACAAUGUAUUCCUGGUCUACAACGAAGAGAGGACCUUCUUGCACAAGAUCACCUUCUGCCCUUUCCUAAUUAUCUUCUACCCCAUCAUCAUCAUGGUGGUGUCCUCCUCUUUGGGCCUCUACACAGCAGUGACACAGAUCUCGUGGGCCUUUGGGGAUUGGUGGCAUGCCGUGAGGGAUAUGGAGAAAGGAUUCUGUGGCUGGCUGUGUAGCAAGAUGGGCCUGGAAGACUGUUCCCCGUACAGCAUUGUUGAGCUACUAGAUUCUGACAAUGUCUCCGGGAGUUUGUCAGCCAAAGGCUCAGCCCAAGGUGAAGAGAUUUCAGCUGUCUGAGCCUUUGCUUUAAGUGUCUCUAACUUUUCAUGUUCCCUUGCAUUGCAAAUGUAUUUCAUGAGGGAUGCACGUACAGUCGAGUCUUAGGAAAUAAAGCCAAUUCAGACAUUUGGGGUGGGGCAUGAGGAGAAAAAGGGGGCAGUCCUUCCUAGAUGGUACCACUUCAAAACCAAGGGGUGAAUGCAAGUUUUAAUACAUUCCCCACCCUGCCCCCAUCAAAAUUUAUCUUCUUGUGAAAAGCUAAAGUGAUCAAGGAAAGUUCCAGCCUAGUUGUGUUUUUUAUUUCCUAUUAUGCCUGACCUAAGGGACGCAGGUGGCGCUGUGGGUUAAACUACAGAGCCUAGGGCUUGCCAAUCAGAAGGUCGGUGGUUCGAAUCCCUGUGGUGGGGUGAGCUUCCAUUGCUCGGUCCCAGCUCCUGCCAACCUAGCAGUUCAAAAGCACCUCAAAGUGCAAGUAGAUAAAUAGGUACUGCUACAGCGGGAAGGUAAACGGUGUUUCCGUGUGCUGCUCUGGUUCACCAGAAGCAGCUUUGUCAUGCUGGCCACAUGACCUGGAAGCUGUACGCCGGCUCCCUCGACCAAUAAUGCGAGAUGAGCGCCGCAACCCCAGAGUCGGUCACGACUGGACCUAAUGGUCAGGGGUCCCUUUACCUUUACCUCUGCCUGACCUACCCAGUCCCAGUUUAUACCAUUUCAGGCUACAGAUGAAGGGUCGCGUGUUUGAGUAAAUUAAAUGUCUUCCCGUACAUUCAAAAGCAGCACAUAAUUGAGAAGAGUAAUCUGAAGCCAUCUCUUCUGACAUGUCUCUCCUGUGCGUGUGUAGGAAUUUGAUUUUUGUGAGAUAACAUCCAACCCUCACUCCCUAUCCACUACCUGAUAUGGUUCAGCCCAGGUACAGUUUUGCCACUCAAGUCUACUGAUUGUAUACACUGGCAUUUACAUUCUCAAGCGAAUAUGAAGCGCCAAUGUUCUGGGUGAAGAAUCUCCCAUUCUUUAUAAGAUGACCAUUCAUGACUGGCUAAUAAUACUGCUGAUCUGAUCAGUGCUCUUUGUUGGGUUUUAUUAAAGCACACCGUUUAGUGACAAAAAGUCUGUGGUUUGGCAGGGGGUGUGGCUUGGUUGGGAGGGGUGGGGAAAUAAUAAAAUUUGCCCCCAAACAUUUUUAUUUUGCAAACUGGAUCUUUGAGUGUGAACACGCAGGUGCAAUCUUCCACUUGAUGCCUGCCUUCCUUGUGUUGAAAAGCAGGAGGUGCUAUGGGCAAUGACUGCAAUCUGAAAUGCACAGAGCAUGCUGCAUUAAGACAGGGCCCAGGCACAACUACCCAUAGCCUGUGAUGCUGUCUUAAAAACUAGAGUCCCAAGAACGGUCUCCAUGGAAAGAAGUGAGGAACCUGAACCCUCCAAAUCCCAUCAGUCCCUCCCUUAUUUUACCCGAUCCCCAAAGAGUUUUUCAGUGGUCUGUAUUUCCCCCCUAUUUAGUCACCACAAAUUUUAAAUCUAUGUAAUGUUUGUUAAAAGGUGUUAAAUCUAGUGUCUAGUUUAGCCAAGCUGAAUUAGAAGUUUUCCUUAAUAUAAUAUAAUAUAUAUAAUAUAGUGGGGUGAGGGUGGGGAAUCUGUACAAAAAAAGAUGCACAUGUAAAUCAAGUUAUGUUUGUGUAAGUAAUUAGCACAAGCCUUAUUGAUUGCACAGAUUAUAUAACGAGGGAGAGGGAAUUGAUAUCAUAAAUGUUACAAUAGAGUGCUCUCCUUCUAACUGUUUGUAUAGGGCAAAUACUGUGGUAUUUGGGGCUGGUAAUUACACAGCACCUACAUAAAUGUUCUGUUUUCUACUAUGCAUAAUUGGGCUUCCUUGCUCCUUAGUCUACUGCAGUUUCCCCCAACUCAGGUGCCACCCAGAUGUUGUUGGAUUCUUCCCUUUCAUCAGCCGCAGCCGAUAUGGUUGCUGGAGUCCGGAACAUUUGGAGACCACCAGGUUGGGGAGGCCUGAUCUGUUGACCCUUGUGGGAUAAGCAAGGUUGAGCCCAAGUGCUGGUGCUAUUUGUAGUUGCCUUUGGUACGCCUUUCUGAGCUGUAGAUUCUUCUCUUAUCACAAGCUUUAGCCGCCUAAUGCUGCAAAGUGUCUGUAAAGCUUACUAACUUUAUUAAAAGCCAUGCUGUAGUUGAAAAGCACAAUGUUAUUUCCUUCCUCCACUCACAAUGUAUGCGGAUUGUGUGCCAUUGGGUGUGCUCAGAUAUAACACUAUUUGAGGAGUGGUGCCUUUUGGAAAGUAUGUUUGUCACAUUCUGUUCAA